GCUCAAUGCAAUUGUUCACGAUGAGGCCUCAGAUCUUAUUGCAUCCGCAAUUGCGCACGUUGCUUCCCCGUGGUGUGCGGAGGGAUCUUAACAGCACGAUAUUCUCUCGGCUGAAGACGACUCAACCCCCGUUUCGACUCUCCAAAAAUGAGACCCCGGCUCUGAAGUCGAAGGAAAACAAUGCGACAGCUACCCGGAGCUCACCACAGUCGGCCACGACACACGCAAAGACGACUAUUCGACGAGGUCCCCCGGAGCGCAUAUUGAUCUACCAUGGCGGAACGGGCAAGACAAUCUUUCUGGGGAUGUUGCGGAUCACGACCAUCUUCCUUUUUGGUGUGUCUGUCCUGGUUGUCGCACCCGCAUUUGCGGCCGAUGAGUUUCCAUGGUAUCUAGCUCCUGCUGUUGUUAUUGGCGGAGCUCUCCCGAUGCUUUUCGUUUCCUAUACCUCUGCUCCAUUCGUGAAUUUCGUACACCUCGCUCUCCCUGCUUUUGCUCGGCGUUCAAAGGAACAGACGCUUCAAUAUGCGAAGAACCUGCCUCCUACAGCCACAUUAUACAUUAACACCAUGAAGUUCACGACGAUUCCUCGACAGACCGAGGUGCGACUGGGGGAUUUGGUUCCUGACAAAGCCAUCCUCCGUCCAGUGAGCUUUCGCAAUAAGAACCCUGCCCCCUUGCCCUGGUGGGCAGGAAAGACUUUACGGCAAUUUUACGCGGCAGAGAAGAGUCAGCCUGGCAGAGAAUCAACGACAUUCUAUCCCGAAUUGUGGGAACAUGUAUACAAGCAGAUCCAGAAGAAUCCCUUACCAAGGAAAUGA